AUGCAGUGGUCAGAGACUCUUAGCAAAUUGGUCCUAGCGGUGGAUGCCAUCACCCUGAUCGCAGGUCUUCCUGCUAAUCUGCUGGCUCUCUACACCUUCAUUCAAAAGGUGAAGCAGCGAUGUACGUCCAUCGAUGUGUUCUUGCUCAGCCUCACCAUCUCAGACCUGAUCUUCCUCUUGUUCCUUCCAAUCCGCAUGAAAGAGACGGUCGACAGGAAAUGGACCCUGAGCUCCUUCCUCUGUCCACUUUCAGGAUUAAUCUUCUACACAACCAUUUACAACAGCACAUUGCUUUUGACCGCUAUCAGUGUGGAGCGUUAUCUGGGAGUGGCCUUUCCAAUCAAGUACAAACUCAAGCGACGUCCUCUAUAUGCUGUGAUCGCCUGUGUCAUAUUCUGGGUGGUUUCCAUGGCCCAUUGCAGUAUGGUCUAUAUUAUUCAGUACUAUAAAGGCAAUGAGACCCACUCUAAUACAUCCAACACUGAGGCCUGCUAUUACAAAUUCAAUAACGAACAGUUGGAAAUUCUUUUGCCUAGCCGUUUGGAAGUGUUCUUUGUGCUUUUCUUCGUCCCUUUUAUCAUUUGCAGCUUCUGCUACAUCAAAUUCAUCCUCACCCUCUCCCGGCUACCUAACAUCAACCCUCAGAAGCGUUUCAGGGCAAAUGGGCUUGCCCUAGUCACCCUCCUGGUUUUCAUCAUCUGCUUCCUGCCUUACAAUGUGUCCCGUGUAGUAGGUUUUAUUGGAUGGUACAGUCCUGAGUGGAGAUCUUACGCACUGCUCCCCUGCACCUUUAAUGCCUGUUUGGACCCUCUCAUUUAUUAUUUCUCUUCUCCAACUCUCCAGGGGACUUGCAAUACCUUGAAAACGGGACUCAUCAAUUGGAUACACCGUUCCUGCUGCCGCUGGAGAUGGCACAGCUGUACUCAAUUAAACUGCACACAGCAUUCCAAUGGCAAGUCUCACUAGAAUGGCAUUUUGGA